AUGGUUCAGCAGCCUACGCAUCCUCCACAUCCAGUUGCUUCAUUUCCACCGCGAUCCGAUAUGACCGGCCCGCCAGCCCCAAUUGAACCCAGCAAUAUGCGCAAGAGGCCAUUGUAUCCUUCCGACAAGCCAAUUCCUCGUGCAAUACAGCCAAGACCACCAGCCAGCACCGCCUCCUACAGCAGUGAAAGCGGGGCGUCGGCCCAGCUGUCCCCGAGGCUAGAUAUCGCCACCGGCGAACCACCCCGUAAGCGUGGACGCCCAAGCAAAGCAGAGACCGAACGACGCAAGCUCCUAGCUGAGGCCCGUGGUGAAACGUACCCUGCUCCUCGGCGGUCAGGGUCUGGCAGAGCCAAAGUCUCUCCUUCACCAACCAGCCCUGCGACAGGCCCAUCGUCUACACCAUUCCCACCGGCACCCCAAGCAUUCCACAGACCUAACCCAGGCCCAACGACAAUGCUCUACGACACUUCAGCCAUGCGGUCAGCAGUUCCACCACCUGGCCCCGGUCCCGCGCCAAAUGACGAGCGUCGCGAUAUGCCAGCCCGUAACAUGAGCACCAUGCGUGAGCUACCCCGGCCAACAGAGAUGGGCCAUCCCCUCCCUUCACCACACGCCUUGCAAUUAGGGCCCCCAGACGCUUUCCCCAGACUCAACAAUGCAUCCGAACGGCCGUACAGUUUCGCCGCAGAUCGGUUCUCUCCGCCAGACAGUGGUCGACGCGACUCGGUCACUAGUCGAUCUGACCAGCCACCAGGACCGUAUUCGGAAGGACGAAUGAGCACACCAGCCGAGAAACCUCCACGAUGA